AUGCUUUCAAAAUUUAUACGAUCUACAUAUAAAUCUAAUGUUGGACUGCUUCUGACGAGGAAGGUCAUUCCAAAAAUACUAAAUGUGCGAUACGCGGACAUGAUACCACCUACUCAGUACGACGUGCCAUUCCCAAGCAGAUUAAAAUUCGGGUGUAUUAUAAGAGAGCGCUGGGAAAUUAUUCCUCUGUUCAUAGCAACAGGCGUGGCCUUAUCGUUCAUGUUCUAUUCCAUUGUAUACGCAUGUCAAAAUAAGGUGGACGUUGUGUUUACGUCACGCAGUCGAGAGAACAUAUCGCGCACGAUGGACCUGAGGUGCCCUACAAUUCACAAGCUAAUCAUUAUUAAUCAGAAAUACCCACCAUGGCCUGAGAUGCAGUCAGUGCUUGACAAGAUGAGGAUGGCAGAGAAACGGGCAUUAAUGCGUUUACAGACAUGCGCUCAUCCAUAG